AUGACUCCUCCUACUACAGCCGUCAAAAUGCCGAGCGCGACUGUGGACGCCGUUGAAGACGACACAAAAGAGCAAUGGACUGCUUUUCGGUCUUCGAAAAGUUUUAUUAUUAUCGUUGUGUCCGUUGCUAUUUUUGCCGAUGUUUUCAUAUAUGGGAUGGUCAUACCCUUGAUUCCGGCCAUUCUGAGAGACCGACUUCACCUACCUGACGAUCAACUUCAAACAUGGAUGGCGAUCUUGCUCGCAACAUUCGGCGGUGCGCUGCUCGUCAGUUCCCCUGUUAUUGGAUACUUUGCCGACAAAGGCUCUUCACGCAGACUCCCAUUUCUGGUCGGGUUGGUUGCAGUCGCCGGCGCGACGAUAAUGUUCUGGCUGGCAAGGUCUCCUACCACGAUGAUUGUUGCACGCAGUUUGCAGGGUCUGGCUGAGGCUGCAAUGUGGACCAUCGGAAAUGCCCUCAUAGUUGAUACGAUGGGCAAGGAUCAACUAGGAGUCGCGAUGGGCUAUGUCUCCAUGUCGAUGAACAUUGGAACUAUGGCAGGCCCGGCCUUGGGUGGAAUUCUAUUGGACCGAGCAGGCUAUGAUUCGGUAUUCAUGGUGGCAUUAGCCCUGAUAGGUGUGGACGUCGUACUACGGUUACUCAUGAUCGAGCCCCAAACCAAGCCACACGUCAAAUUCCUCGAGGAUGAAACCGAGCCCUUGCUGAGAGAUGCCCCCUCCCGAGACUAUCAGACUCGUAGUCUAGACCAACAGUCACAACCCGAUGUGGAGGGCUCUCCAAGAUCUGGUACUCGGGGUCGCAUCCCGCCUAUCGUCCGUCUAGCAAUGUCUGGCCAGCUUAUGGUAUUGUUGAUUGCAAGCAUUGUUGAUGCUGCGAUCUGGACUACUUUUGAGACGACCGUUCCAGUGUUUGUGAUCCAAAAGUUCAACUGGGGAUCUUUUGAGAUCGGCAUGUGUUUCUUGGUCUUGACAUUACCUAGUAUCAUUUCUCCCAUUAUCGGAUCGAUUAUCGACCGCUAUGGCCCACGCAUCGUAUCUGUCACCUCAUUCAGCUCCUUAGCACCGAUAUUCAUCCUAUUUCAAUUCGUCAGCGAUGAUUCACUCCAAUCCCGCAUCUUAUUCAUCGCACUACUCGUAGGAGCCGGCUUCUCCUUCUCAGCAGUACUGCUUCCAGUCUUAGUAGAGAUCAGCGAACCAAUCGAUCGCAAGGAGAAAGAGUGUCCAGGAAUAUUUGGCGAAAAAGGUGCUAAUGCACAAGCGUAUGCCCUUCAUGGCAUGGCAUGGGCCUCGGGACAGUUACUUGGGCCCAUUAUCGCGGGAACCCUAGCCCAGACGGCUGGGUGGGGAGUCAUGAAUAUCGUCAUGGCGGUGGUAAGCGCAUCGACAGCGCUGAUGCUGGCUUUGACGAGCGAGAAGGUUCGUGGAAUGUUUGCGGGCUCGAGCAAGGGCCAGAAUCGUGAGGGCUGA